GUAAACUACCGCCAGGUGGCGCUAUCUUGAAAGCCUGGUGUGGCUCACUUGCGCCGUGUGUCCCUUCCAGAAAAUAACGUAACGACGCUUGAUAGAAGUGAACCGAACCGUUCAGUGUGCACGCGCUCCUUUCUCAUUUCGUUGGAGCUGUUAGGAGAAAGCAGAUGGAAGGAGACCGGGGUUUUAAAUUCAAGCUCGUGAUCCCUUCGAGGAUGUAUAACGGCCAGACUAACGUUGUUCCACCACAAGAAACAAUUGGGAACUCUAGUGAUUCCCUGAGUGCUGUGCAGAAGAGUUACAAUAAGUGCAAAGCACCGAGCAUGCCUCCGUUACAUUUAGUUCAACCAUGUAAGCCAGCCAGACAAGACGUUUCCCAGGUGAAACACGUGGCACCGUUGGAAAAGGAAGUGACCAAAUGCAGCCCUGGUGAGCUUUAUUCCAAGCUGUUUGAUGAGGUAGACAAGAUAAAGUUUUGGAAGGUCAAAGUGGAUACUGACACAACCCAGAAAGAAAGAAAACUACAAGAAAACAAAAGAACAAUUGAAACUCAACGCAAAGCCAUUCAGGAAUUGCAAUUUGGCAAUGAAAGUCUUAGCACCAAGCUAGAAGAGCAGAUUAGUGACAAUGAGGACCUCAGAAUCAAAAAUGAUGCAACAAGGAACCUGUGUGACAUUCUCAAGAAAACCUUUCAGCGGUCUGCAGAGAAAAUGCAUUCAUUUAAAUCUGAAAGAGAGGAAACACAUAAGCUCUUUGUGGAAAACAGCGAAUGUGUUCAGAAACUAACCACAGCCUUUCAAAGCCUUCAUGUUCAAGUAGAAGCUGAUCAACAAGAGAUGCAAAAGGUCAAACAAAGUUUGCUGGGGUUUGUAGAUCUGAAAGAGAAAUAUCAACAGGAAAACAAGAUGAAGGAUGAGGAGAUCACAAAGCUUCAGUCAAAACUUAACGACAAGGAGGAAGACCUACAGAAAGUCCUGUCUGAUCUCAGCAAAACUGAGAAUUACUGCAAGCAACUGAAAAACUCAACAAAUGAACAGGUUGAACUUCUCAGAAGCUUGAAAAGUGAAAAAGAAUCUCUUGUCCAAAAACUGGGAACCGCUGAACAGUGCUGUGAAGAAAUUCGGGAAGCUACAUCUGCAGCCCUGGAAAAAAGUAGAAGGGAGUAUGAAGAAAUUAUCCAAAGUAAAGAUUUCAGCAUUCAGGAGCUCAGUGGAGAAAAAGUUCAACAAGCAGAAAAGCUGGAGAAGUUUGAAUCAGUUCUCCAGGAGCUGAAGGCUUCCCUAGCUUUAGAGAAACAAAGGGCCAGAGACCUUGAAGCUAAAUUAACAACAGCUGUCGAUGAUCUCGAAAAGAAAAACAAACUGUUGGAAGCGUUCAUGGUGCAGGUGGCAAAAAAAGAUGAUCUGAUCAAAAUCGUUGAAGAUGAACUGAACAAGAAAUCAAAAACCAUCGAGUCUUUGAAAAGUAAGAUUGAUGCACUUGAGAUCAGAGUCAAGGAAUUUGUAGCCGAACUUUCGAAAAACACCAACGAACUUGAGAUGUUUAAGAAGGAAAACGAGAAAGUGUCAGCUGAAAAUGAUCUACUGAAGAAGCUUCAUGAAACAGCUGAAAAGCAAAAAGAAGAUUUAAAGGAGAAGUUCACUGUUUCUGAGAUCAAAGUACAGGAGCUCGAAGAAGAAAAAGAGAACAGUAAAGAUUGUACUUUCCAGAUGGAGCAGUUAAAGAAAGACAUCUUGCAGCAUGAAGUGAAGUAUGAAGAGCUUCUGAUAAACUUUGAAAAGCUGGAAUCUGAGAAGAUGGCCAUUCAACAGGAUUUAGAGAGAAGAGUGUCAGAAUUCAAUUCAGUUAAGGCAACCAAAAAGCUGAGAGAGGAGAAUGCAGUCAAACUCAAAAAAGAGAUAAAAAAACUGGAAGAAGAGAACAAGAGCUUAAGACAAGAAAUAAAUAUGAUUAAAACCAAAGUACAGGGAAAAUGUCAAGAAGUAGAGGUUGUCCAGAAACAAAUCGAAGAAAAGUGUGAGUAUCUGCAAGAUGAAAUCACAGAAAAAGAGAGAAAGAUCAAAGCUGCUGAAACAAAGCUUUGCAACCUCAGGAAGAAUUUUGAAAAGAAAUUUCAAGUCCUGGAGGACUGGAAGAAAAAGAAUAAAGUGCUUCAGGGACAACUGUCAAAGGAAACAUCUAAAUCCAGUCAGCUUGAAGUGAUGAUCAACAAGAUUAAAGAGGAGUCACAGAGCCUUCAGAAGCUCAGAGAGGAAGAUCAUCAGAAGAUGCUGAAGGAUCUUGAGUCCAAAUCAGUCUCUGAGGGAGAACUUGAAAAAGAGGUACAAAAGCUCAGAGUAACAGCAGAAGAGGCUGUUGGGCUUAAGAAAGAUGCAGAACUCAAAUGUCAGCAGAAGAUAGCAGAGAUGGUUGCACUGAUGGGAAAACAUAAAAGCCAGUAUGAUCGUAUGGUAGAAGAGAAGGAUGCAGAGCUCAGAGAAAACAAGAAGAAAGAGAUUGAGGCAACAUCCCGUGCAAAAUCUUUGGAUUUGAGCAUGUCAAAAGAGAAGAGUGAAAAUGACAAGUUGAGAAAACAGUUGGAGACAGAGAAAACUGAGAAGGAAAUGCUGCAGAAAGAAGUGGCUGAUUUGAAGAGAUUGGUAACUACUGCAUCAAUCAGCCCUGCAUCACAAGCAAAGGAUAAGCAGCCACCUGCAUUAAACGAUGAGCUGAAGAAAAACCCCGAUACUCCUCAAAAUAGCUUUUUACAAGCUCGCAGGUUUGACUUCUCCAAGAUCAGGAAAACUCCCUCCUGCAGCACCUACCAGAGUCCUGCAUUUCACAAAGAUGUGUCUGCCACAAACCCAACUACAACACCAAUGAGAACACCACAAACCAAAAAGCACAUUCUCAGCAAAGAUAUGAAACCCCCAGGAAGUCAGACUAGGAGUAUCUAUGGAACAUCAAAGAUCAAAUCCUACAGAAUAAGGACUCCCCCCUUAACUCAGAAGGCAGGACAGUGGGAGAGAAGCUUUCUGGAACUUGAGCCCAGGUCUGACAGCUCUGAUCACAUCGAUCUUAUGUUUCAGCGCCCAGACGGUCCUAAAUCACCCGGGAGCUCCUCAAAGGUGGCUGCAAUUAAACGAAUCCGAGACGCUGGUUGGACUGCUGUGAUGGGCCACGACAAGAAGAAGAAGAAGAUGACGAGCGAUAAGAUAUUUGCAUAAAUUUAUUUUUGUCAUUUGUACAUUUCUGGUUGAAUUACCAGUGAUGAUGUUCAAUAGGCAUAGCUUUUUGUUUGAGGAAUUUACUGGCAGAUCAAAAUGUGGUGGUAUAAAAUGUUAAAAUGCUUUUAGAGCGGGCGUUCUCAUAAGUCAGCCGCUCAGCUGUUAACAAUGAGUGGAUUUCAGGGUUCAUAUUAGCAUUUGUUUGUGGUAAGUUUGUUAUUCAAUGUUAAAUUAGACUUACACUAACUGGACACACAGCCUGCUUUAAGCUAUCUGCAAAUCCAUUGUUAGGAGUAGCUUUUAGUUAUAUUAAACUAAAUUCACUUUUCUCAAGUUCAAAGUUGUAAGUGUUAAGUGUUAUGUUUUGUUCCUAAUACAUUUAUAUUUAUUAACAGAACUAAAAGUAGAAGUACGGUGAACACGGUGUUUUCACUUUAAAGUAGCGGCAGAUACACUUUCUUUGAUUUUAAGAUCUGGUCAGAAAAGUUGAGUUAUUCUGCGUUUGUUGGGAAUAACUCAUCAUUACACGUGUCAACAUGACAUAAAUGUAUUUAUUUAUUGACUAACUUAUAUUGUUGUUAAAUGUAAGUCUAUGCCACUAAGGAUCCUUGACAGUUAUAGACAGCAGUUAGAAGCUAUGCUAAAACUAUUAGCUGUAUUCACACUUUUUUUAUGCAAGAAGUUUGGUAUUGUCCUAAUGUUGGGAAUAAUUUCCUUAUACAUGUCAACAUAAUCUUUUUUUCUUUCUGGACAUGCUUAAAUUGUUAUUUACACAAGGUUUUGUUUGAAGGACUCUGUUCCAGUUUAUUUA